AAUGGGCAGCAUGUAAGAAAACCAGGACGACGAUGACAACAAGAUAAGACACAAACAACUAAGAACAGUUGGAAGCACUCAAUCCUCCCUCUGCGCAGCUGGGAUUGAGUGGUGUUGUGUUUGUGGACAAAGACCGGACCUGAAUCUCACUGCAGGUCUGGAUCAGUAUGACAGUCAACUACAUCCUCAUAGCUUUCUUGCUCUUCCUGAACAUCUGUUGCGCCGAGAUGUAUUUAGACCAUGAAAUGAAUGACGGAUCACCCGAGAUGUACCCCGACAAUGAAAUUGAUGGUCCACCUCAUCUGGGGCAUCCACAUUAUCCCUAUCCCAUGCCGCCGCCGAGAGCCCACGCCAAGCGGCCCUUCUACAUCAUCGGCCACAUGGUCAAUUCGGUCGAAGAGGUGGACAAGUUCCUGCGCCAGGGCUCCAAUGCUCUCGAGGUUGACAUCGAGUUUGCAGAGAACGGUACCGUGCUUGGGACGUAUCACGGCAUGCCAUGCGACUGCUUCCGAGGCUGCUUUAAGAGAACGCCAAUUGCGGAGUUCCUGGACCACCUCCGCAACGUCACCUCCAUGCGAGACUCCAGAUUCAGAGGCCAAAUGAGCCUUCUCUUUCUCGACUUAAAGACGACGAAACUUUCGAAAUCUGCGAAGCCCGUAGCAGGCGUCACGCUUGCCUACAACCUCGUAAAGCACCUCUGGAAAGGCGUGCACCCAAGGUAUAGAAUGAACGUAUUACUUUCCAUUGGCUACGUCAAGGACCGUGACGUCACAAGAGGUGCCCUCGCAUAUUUGAAGAAGAAAGGACAUGGAGCUCUUUUACGGAACAUCGGUUUCGACGUGGGAAUGAAUGACCCGCUGGACAAUAUCGCGCGUAUGUACAAGAAGCUACACAUCAACGGUCACCGGUGGCAAGGGGACGGACUGUCCAACUGUCUGAGGUUCCUCAUGCCCGUGGACAGGCUUAAAGCCGCGGUGAAGUUACGGGACAGCAAGCGCGGUUAUAUCGACAAGGUCUACCACUGGACCAUAGACCUGCCAUUUUACAUAGAGAAGAGCAUCAGGCUUGGCGUCGACGGUAUCAUCACCAAUCAACCCCACAACGUGCUCGGCGUCGUCACGAGCAUUUUCUUUCAGAAGCGCCUCAAGGUUGCCAGCAUGAAAGACAGCCCCUGGCAGAAAAUACGCCGAACACCGCAGGAAGUGCUCGAAGAUGAGGGAGACACGGAUACGAAUAUGGUCGGCGGAGGAGACGCGGGACCCGGCAAAUAAUCGAUAACCUGGGUCACCAAGCGCAGUGCCCGCAACAUCAUCAGCAAAUGAGUGCAUUGAAUGACCGAACUCUUUACUCUGGCGUUCCGGCGAUUUGCGUGGACGCGUUCAAGAUAGCUGCAGGAUGAGUAUGAGCGUGCUGUCAAUACGACAUUUAUAGUCGUUUAAACCUAAGAAUAAAUCUAAGCUCCGCCCAACAGCGGUCGCUGUCCCAAUCAGAGAGAAUUUGCAGGGAUGUCCCAUCCAAUUUCAUUUGCUCAUUUUUGGUGACGUCAAGCAGCUUUGGCGUAUUUCAGGUAGGUGAAUUUUCCCAUUCAGACACGUGUUGGCUUUGCUGGUUUUCGGUGAUUAAGUUGAACUUCCUGGCAAACUCAGCAAAGAUUCCGACAUCGCUGCUGAGUUGGUUGGUUAGUUACAACUUUAUUUAAUUGUCCUACAUAACUUUUGGCGACACAGGCUCAUGUGACCCGCGAUAUCGUGUCUCAGCGCCACCUAGCCAGCCUGCUGGACGGCCCAGAAUUGGUCGCCGAGAUUUUACCGACGGCCCACCGUAGCGAUGGGGUCUCGGAGUUUAACCCGUUAUUACGUUGGGUGCUACAUUCCCAUAGCAUGUGUUUGAGUGUAGCUGUUUCUUGUUUCCAUAUCUUGCAUGUGUCUUCUUUGUGUACUUCGGGAAAUAUCCGUUUGAGGUGAAACGGUUUCGAGAAGGUAUUUAUUAGUAGAUAAAGUGGAUGCUUCGGUGUGUUGGUACGACAUUGCAGAAAGAAAAUAGCGCAAAAGUCGGGGUACCUUAAUAAGGAGGACACAAACAACAGCGCUGACUUACAACAAAGGUUUAUUCAUCACCGCGCAAUAUAUAACUGCGCAGUCCAAAACUAAAGGAAAGAAGGAACAUAGAAAUGAUAAGCAAAGCUACAUAGAACAUGAAAAGUAGCAAUGGCUAGGCCGGGCAGAGUGUGCUCGAGCAGGCCUUCAAUAGCAUUGUCAGGCAAGGAAAUUGAUUAUCUCUCAGAUGGUUGCACGCACAAUGUGCAUGGUUUGCUGCGGCGAUGCCUUUAGUUUGCUUAUAUCAUCUUUGUCCAUCAUUUCUAUGUUGCUUUUUUUUCUUUUCCUUUUGGACUGCGCAAGUACAUAUUGUGCGGUGUCAACGAAUAAACCUUUGUUGUAAGUCAGCGCCGUUCUUUGUGUCUUCCUUUUUCUGAUGCCACGCCUUUUUGCGCUGUUUUCUUCCAGAUAUUUGGUUGUGGUUGGCGUAGGGCCACUGCUUGUGCCCUGUUUAUGUCUUUGUGGGGUGGUGGGGAUGUUCUUCUGGCUUGUUGAUAGAUCUUUGUGAUGUCGUUGUAUCUGGUCAGUCUGUCUCGUGAAACAUGAUAUUGACAAGGAGCACUGGCUGCGGACGAGCCGUAGAAGACAAAGACGAACAGUUUGUGGCACGUGGCUCGGGCAUGCGCGAGAAACGUCAGUCCCGGCCUGGCCUUCACGAAGUAAAGUUUGAAAUGUUCUUGCUGUCGUUGCCUCCAUGUCCUCUCUGAGGGCUCCGACCGACCAAUGGCCCCGAGCCUACGAAGUUCAACUAGGGACGACGUACUUUGAAUAAUUUUUAUGCGUAGUAUUUGCAUUAGCGGCGAGAAAGUACUCAUGGUUGCAACGGCAACCACUAGCACGACUUUCUUGCGCGGAUGAUUGGCAAGGUGCCGUAGUUAUGGGGGCGAAGCCUGUAUUUAUUCCUAGGUUUUAAGCUAUUAUAGUAUUAACAAUAAUAAUUGUUGAGGUGUUAUUAACGUUCCAAAACCACGGUAUUAAUAUGAGUCCGGGAUUCGUUCCCGCGACGUUCGGGUCAGCAUACAACCGAUUAUAGUAAAGCGUUUCUCUAGGCAAACAAGAAGAAAGGAAAUAAACCUUAAUAAAUGGGGAAAGGUAGGAGGCAGAAGGGGGAGGUAAGAGUCUGAGUCAAUCGGAGGGGGCUAUGCAGGCAUUCAGCAGGCAGCGACCUUCGCCCCCCUGUCCGCGAUCCCGACUUGGGUUAGAAGGUUAGUGGAUUUUGGUGCGGUGUCCCAUGCCUCCUGCGAGAGAGCUUGCCGCGAAAGAUUUAUAGUCAACG